AUGACAUGGAAAGAACGCAAGAAGAUUGAAAAUAGGAAUAUUGUUUCACUUGGUGGGAAGGCCCCCAAGAAUCAGAUAUUACCUUUAAGCGUGGCACGACCGAUGAUGAAGAAACAGAAGGAGAGGGAGCAGAAAAUGCUCCAAGAGCGUUUGAUUCUUGGACAAUUGGGAGGAAAGCUCGGUGGUAGCAGUAAAAGAUCAGCUGGGAAGCACAAGCCAGAAAACAAGGGUCUGAAGUCAAGUGAAGGUCAUUUUAGAAAUGGCAUACUCAAUGUGAAGCAUUUGUUAAAUUUGGCACCAUCAAGAGACCAUCAAACUGGCACCAAUAUGUCCAAUACAUGGAAAGGGAAAGGUGGUAAGAAGAGACAGGGUAAAAAGGGUGCCGAGCUCAGAGAUUCUGAGCAGAAUCCACCAUCCCAUUUGCUGGCUGAAGAUUACUACAACGAAGAACAUUUUGUCACCUUCACAAAUCAUCAAGAACAGCUCGAUAAGUCUAGGGAAACGAGGAAAAGAAAAUGCAUGAGGUCCAUAAAAUCAAAGUUGCGAGCACUUGUAACAGCAUGCAUGUGCAUGUUCAUGAUGAGUAGUGAUGCAUGCUCUUAUGGUUAA